AUGGGCUGUGUGUUUAAUAGACAACCAGAAGAAGUUCUUACUCCACACAUCUAAACUGUUUAGAUAAAUUGGAGGUGAUAGGCUGAUUAAAUUUUGAAAUUAUUUUAUAUUUAUACAUUAGAUUUUCAGAUGUUAAAGGGUUUCAAUAUUGCAUAAAAUGAAAUUUUAAUAAAAAAAAAUAAAUAAUUAUGAUAAAAAAUAAUUUCUUAUUAGUUUUAAGUUAGGAAGCAUGACAUAAUUUACCCUCAAAAAGUCCCACUAAAAAUCCAAAAAAAUAAAUCAACAUAUGAACAUCUUAAACUUAAGCUUUUAAAGCCAUUAAUAGAGAAUCACAGAGAAAUUAUACAAGAAAACAUAAAAUUCAAAAUAUCUGCAUGCUGCAUUCCAGGACAAGACCCUAAAGGCCAGCACGAAUGGUCAUGUAAAGAUAGCCUAUUUUGUACUAUUUGCCAAGACAAAAUUUUGGCAAUGGUUUUUGAUGGGCAUGGGAUUGAAGGCGACAAAAUAGUAAAUUUUUCUAAAGAUUUUAUGAUAAAAUUUUUCACAAACAAUAUGCCUUUAACUAUGAAUUUUUUCUGUUUUUUUGUUUAUUUUUUUAUAAUUUUUUUUCCUAUUAUUAGGCUUCAUAAUAAGGGAUAUUUUGUUAUUUAAUGAAAAUCCUGAACAAGCAUUUGAUAAAAUGUAUAUAGAAUGCCACAACGCCCUAUGCAGCUCUGAUAUAGAUUCACACAUGUCAGGAACUACUGCCUUAGGGGUAAUGCUCUCAUCUAAAAAACUCCAUAUUGCAAGCGUAGGAGACUGUAAAGCAUUAAUAGGGACUUUAGUCGAAAUGAAUAAUUUGCAUAAUAUUCCUACAGAAUUUAAACAUAAAGUCAGACAUUUAGUAAAUGUCCAAGGAGAAAUUUUGAGUGGGGAUCACAAGCCAAAUGAUGAGCCAGAAAUGGAAAGAAUUAAAAAAUGUGGAGGAGUCAUAAAAAAACUUGUAGACCAUAAUCAACAACCUAUAGGGCCUUUUAGAGUUUUCAUGAGAGGAGCAAAUAUCCCUGGGCUUAGAAUUUCUAGGUCGCUAGGGGAUGAAAUUGGGAAAAGGAUUGGGAUUAUUCCUAACCCCAUUUUUACCUCUUUUAAUUAUGCAUUUUUAUAUAAAAUUGAUACUAGUUUUUAAAUUUUUUUUUUAUUUUCAAUAAAAAUUGAAUAAAUUUCUUAUAAUUUUGACUGAUUUUUAGUUUAAUUGCAUAUUACCCAGGAACUGAUCAGUUUUUAGUAAUUGCUUCUGACGGAAUUUGAGACGUAAUGACUCCUAACGAAGUUUCCCAAUUCGUAGAAAGCUGCAGAAAAAUGUGUGAGCCUUCAGAAUAUCUCGUAAGGCCAGUUAUAAAGCCUGAAAAUUCAUCAAUUUGCCGAUUGCUAUGUGAAGAAGCACGAAAAAAAUGGCUCAAUAUAAUAGAAAACGAAGACUUAAUGAUUGACGAUUUUUCAUGCAUUAUAAUUGAAUUUGAAGGGGAAGAAGAAGUCCAAACAGGAGGGUUAAUCCGCCACGUUCAAAAAUUCCGAUCUUUUCACGAAAUUGAAAAUGAUGGAAUUUAUGAAAAAUUUUUAUCAAAAAGAGAGCUGAUAAAGCUCAGGCAUUUGCAGAAUACAAAAAAUUAA